AUGAGUUACCCUGGCUAUCCCCCAGCGGGUGGAUAUCCACCAGCAGCCCCAGGUAGCAAUCCUUGGGGUGGUGCUGCCUAUCCACCUUCAAAUCCACCUCCAAUUGGUCUAGAAAACGUGGCUGGCUAUGCCAGUCAGUUCAAUCCCAACUACAUGGCUGGAAUGUUUCCUGUUGCUGGGAUUAGGACCUUUGGAGGGACAAAUGUACCACAAGGCAUGUAUCCUUCAACACCUGGGGGCUAUCCCCCAGUCCCGGCAGGUAGCUUUGGCCAGCCUCCGUCAGGACAACAGCCCUCUUACGGAGGGUAUCCUCCACCUGCGGGAAAUCCACCAUCAGGAAAGCCAGCUUACCCAGGAUACCCGGGUGGUGCUGUGCCAGGCCAGCCCACACCACCGCCUGGUCAGCAGCCUGUGACCUAUCCAGGACAACCACCAGCUACUUACCCAGGGCAGCAGCCCAUGCCAAAUUAUCCACCAGGCCCAGCUGUGAAUCCUUCUAUGCCCUCAUACCCAGGAACUACGGGGCCUACGAUCUCUCCUGUAACACAUGGAAACCGAGGCACAAUCACCGAUGCCGCGGGAUUUAAUCCUCUGAAGGAUGCAGAAGUCUUAAGGAAAGCCAUGAAGGGAUUUGGAACCGAUGAGCAGGCUAUUAUCGAUUGUCUUGGAAGUCGUUCAAACAAGCAGCGGCAGCAGAUCAUCCUGUCCUUCAAAACCGCUUACGGAAAGGAUUUGAUCAAGGAUCUCAAGUCUGAGCUAUCAGGUAACUUUGAGAGGACAAUCUUAGCAAUGAUGAAGACACCUGUCAUGUUUGAUGCUUAUGAAAUCAAGGAAGCUAUAAAGGGUGUUGGCACAGAUGAAAAUUGUCUCAUUGAAAUCUUAGCUUCUCGCAGUAAUGAGCAUAUUCAGGAGCUCAACAGGGUCUAUAAAGCAGAAUUUAAGAAAACUCUGGAGGAAGCAAUAAAAAGUGACACAUCUGGACACUUUCAGAGGCUUUUAAUUUCACUUUCUCAGGGAAACAGAGAUGAAAGUACAACUGUGGACAUGUCUGUUGUUCAAAAAGAUGUGCAGGAGCUAUAUGCAGCUGGAGAGAACCGCCUCGGAACCGAUGAAUCCAAAUUCAAUGCCAUUCUGUGCACAAGAAGCAGGGCCCACCUCAGAGCAGUCUUCAGCGAGUACCAGAGGAUGUGUAACCGAGACAUUGAGAAAAGCAUAUGUCGGGAAAUGUCUGGAGACCUGGAAAAGGGCAUGCUGGCUGUAGUUAAGUGCCUCAAGAACACACCAGCUUUUUUUGCAGAGAGAUUACAGAAAGCUAUGAAGGGAGCGGGAACAAAAGACAGGACUCUAAUCCGAAUCAUGGUGUCUCGCAGCGAGGUUGACCUGCUGGACAUACGUGCAGAAUACAAGCGGAUGUACGGCAGAUCCCUCUACGCAGAUAUCACUGGGGAUACUUCAGGAGACUACCGGAAAAUCCUACUCAAGUUGUGUGGUGGAAAUGACUAAAUGGAGCAUUGAUCUU